UGGCUUCAUCCUGGCUUCAUCCUGGCUUCAUCCUGGCUUCAUCCUGGCUUCAUACAGGCUUUUACAACCUUAGUUUAUCCUUUACUUUUUAUCAAUAAAUUAUUUCUUCAUUUUACAUUUCUGAAUUAUGGUCAUUAUUACCAGAGAACAAGCUAUAUGUAUUUUCUAUUGCGAACCUUACAACAAGGAUAAUGUUCAAAAAUUUAGCAAAAUUAUAGAUGAUGUGCAAAAUGUCGAUAUUUGUUACGAUAAGGAUCCUAGAAGAUCCUUUCUAUGUUCUUUGAAGUCAUUAAAACUCGAACCAUCGAGGCACCAUCAAUAUCUGGCUGUACUUGAGGAAAAAAGCAAAGGCAAUCCAUGAAUAAAUCACUUUCAUGAAGAGGACUUAUUUUAUAUAAAAAAAAAA